UUCUCUUGGGCACAGUCCGGCCCAGAGCGAGGCCUGGCUGCCGCUCUCGGGACCGGAGCUCAGGCUACAACAGGCAGGCGAGGACUCCGGGCUGCAGCGUCCGGCCACCCGCAGGCGGUUUGGCCUCAUGAAGGAGGUCAAGUGUCUUCGUGGAAGGGCAACAUGAUGAUUUGAAGUAUGACAGAAGUACGAACGCUGUUUCAGAGGCUAGGAAUAUUAAUGGCCAAAUCUAGGCUGCAACAAUUAGAACUGAUCCCAGGAAACAUGACCAGACGGGGCACUGGACACCUCCCCAGGCUCUGCGAUAACUGUGAUAUCAAGUUCUGAGCGAAUACAAGCAACUUUAUCCUCGAAGUGCCUAGCAAAUUUAUUACAGCAGAUGACUGAGGGUUCCAAUCCAGGUUUCUCUAAACCCAAGCCUUGUCCCAAUAGGCUCUUAACCACUCAGAAUAAUUCUGCUGGGCAACAUGUCGAGGAUGAGAUAACGGAGACAAAACAAUCACAUGGUCUUCUAAAGAAGUCAUGGGUAGCUGUUGUAGCUGUCCAGAUAAAGAAACAGUCCCCGAUAACCAUCGAAACAAAUUUAAGGUUAUUAAUGUGGAUGAUGAUGGUAAUGAAUUGGGUUCUGGUAUAAUGGAACUUACAGACACAGAACUAAUCUUAUAUACCCGUAAACGGGAUUCUGUCAAAUGGCAUUACCUCUGUCUGCGCCGUUAUGGAUACGAUUCCAAUCUCUUCUCAUUUGAAAGUGGUCGAAGAUGUCAAACUGGACCAGGAAUAUUUGCAUUCAAGUGUGCCCGUGCAGAAGAACUCUUUAAUAUGUUGCAAGAGAUCAUGCAGAAUAAUAGUAUAAAUGUGGUAGAAGAGCCAGUAGUAGAAAGGAAUCCACACCAAACAGAGAUGGAAGUUCCAAGAACACCCCGAACACCAACCACACCUGGGUUGAGUGGGCAGAGUUUACCUAAUGGGUAUCCAAGAUAUCCCUCCUAUGGAGAUGCUUCAUCACAUCCCUCCAGCAGGCACCCUUCUGUAGGAAGUACACGUCUUCCUUCAGUAGGUGAAGAGUCAACACAUCCCUUGCUUGUAGCAGAGGAGCAAGUUCAUACUUACGUGAACACAACUGGUGUACAGGAGGAAAGGAAAAACAGGCCAAGUGUGCGUACACCUCUUGAACGAAAGAUUUCCAAUACAGAAACAAGCAAGGCGAGAGAAGAUGAAACCUGUUCCGAUGAGAGAGAUGCCCAGGUUGUACUGGAACCUGAAGGAGUUAAAUUUGUUUUGGGCCCAACACCUGUCCAGAAACAGCUUAUGGAAAAAGAAAAACUGGAAUCAUGUGGGAACAGUACUCACGCUAGUGGGAACAGCACUGAAACUAGUGGUAGCAGUACUCAAGCUAGUGGGAGUAGUAACAAUGAAUGGGACACUGGGGAUGACGGUGAUGAACGCAGAGAGGGUUCCUCUGGUAACAAGCUAGCGUAUGAAAAUGUAAAUAGAUUGUCCAUCCCUAGUGCCCCAGGGCUCAGGAGAGGUCGUCUGAUAUCAUCUAGUACCUCUGAUACCCAGAAUAUCAACAAUUCAGCUCAGAGGAGAACUGCAUUGCUAAAUUAUGAAAAUCUGCCAUCUUUGCCUCCAGUUUGGGAAGCUCACAAGCUAAGUAAAGACGAGGAUGACAGUUUAGGACCAAAGACACCUUCUCUGAAUGGCUAUCACAAUAAUCUAGAUCCCAUGCAUAACUAUGUCAAUACAGAGAAUGUAACAGUGCCAUCAAGUGCUCACAAAGUAGAAUAUGCAAGACGUCGGGACUGUACCCCAACAGUCUUUAAUUUUGAUAUUAGGCGACCAAGUUCAGAACACAGGCAGCUCAAUUAUAUACAGGUUGAUUUGGAAGGUGGCAGUGACUCUGACAACCCUCAGACUCCAAAAACUCCUACCACUCCACUUCCACAGACUCCAACCAGGCGCACAGAGCUGUAUGCUGUGAUAGACAUUGAAAGAACAGCUGCUAUGUCAAGCUUGCAGAAAGCACUGCCACGAGACGACGGUACUUCUAGAAAAACUAGACAUAACAGUACUGACCUGCCUAUGUGAGCCUGGAAAGCAUUAGUUAAAUAUCAUUUGCACCUUUGUGAAGUUUUUUUUUUAAAAAAAAUUGAAUGAGUGCUCUGUUUUGAUCUUUAAAUGCUAUCACCUUUCAUAGAUUCAUAGAUUUUUCUGAAUACUUCAUAUGCUUCUUUAAAGGGAAUUUAAGAUAGAAAGAUGAUUAAAUAACACUGUCAUUUUACAGGUAUAGUCACAGCUUUCGGAUGGCAUUUCCAUCAUUUUAUAGUGCCUAUUUUACUCAAUAAAAGUUGUAGUAACAUGCGAGUUUUAACAGACUGGCCACAUGCCUAAAGUCAGUUGAAGGCAUUAUGACACUUUUAUGCCUCCUGAGACUUGCUUUACUCAGAGAUUAGUAUAAUCUCUCAUAGUUCAUGUCUGUAGAUUCACAUAUUCCAGGUGAAUUUAUGGCUUCAUGUAGUAUAAGUGAGAGAGAUUCUGGUCAGUCUGAGUUGAAUCAAAACAUGGUAUAAAUUCCUUUGUCUAGCAUGUGUGGACUGAAUGACUUUCUGGCACAUAAACUGGUGCUUAGUUGAUGGGAGAGGACUGAUAGGUGACUGUUAUUCUCCAAUAAACCCCAAUAGGACCAGCUUCCCAUGAAGAGCGCAAGUCUAUUAAUAACCAAUUAGUAAAUAUCAAACUUUAAGAAUGGCUGGCUUGGGAGGGAGAAAAACUGAUGGAAAUCAGUAGCUUCAUAAACUUAUAUUAGAGUGUCAUUUAGCACUUGGUUUCAUUUUUAAAAUAGUCCAUGAACUAAUGACCAGAUGCACUUUAAAACCACCAACCAUACAUCCAGCAGCUAGUAAUUAAAAAAAACAAGCUCUGUUGUCAGAUCCAUUUACAUUUCUGAAUAAGCUGUAUAGUAAUUCUAGGAUUUGUUUUUGCUCUUAUCAAAUUGAAAGUAACUGACUAAUAUAAAGAAGGUAUAUCAUUUAGCAGAUAAAGGAUAUAUACUGGAUAAAUUUGUACUUUUUGACAAGUUGGGAUGGCUGAAAUUAAAGGAGUAAGUAUGGUGCUGUAUGGUUAAAGGGCUAUAAAUGGUUUGGCAAGGACAUAAAGGAUGGGAUGCUAGGUAUAUACUGGGCCCUUAGUUUGGGUUACAUCCCCUGUGACCUCUCUCAAAACUGAUCUUGGAUCCUCUGGAGCAGUGUUCUACACAGUGUGAGGGGAUGCAGCCAGAAGGGGAAAAAUCAGCAACCCUCCUUUACAUAUGCAUAAGCACUAUCCACUAGUGCACAGGGCUCCUUGGAUUUCAGCCUAUACAUUAAAUUUGUUUUUUUCAGACCGUCUUGAGAGAAGAGCUUCAGGCUUGACUUGUCACUGUUGCCAUGUGAGAGGUCACAUCAGUAUUGUCUUUUCAUCAAUGUUCCCUUUCCUCAGAGUCUGAAAUCAGCUGAUUUCCAAGUGGCAGCUUCACGUCUUUCUGUACAAUUGUACAGUUUCCUAUACAUUAGACAUUUGUGAUGUAAUUCACAACUACAUUUUAUCUGUGGUGGGAUCUUUUUACCUUUUAGUUCUAUAAAAUGUCUCUUCCAUUCUUUGCCUUUCAUUUGUUUCUUCACCUCUCUUACACAACCUUUACGUUGCAAACUGUUAAUUUUGUACAUAGUCUUUGUUCAGUGUAUUUGUGUGUUCCAUCUUGUCCAAUUUCCAUAUUGCCAUUGAAAAAGCAUUUUGGAGGCCCAUUGGUAAUAUUGUCACUUAGAAAGGCCUCCUUCGUUACUUGCACAAAUGGAAAGAUGCAUUAUGGAUGUUUGAGGACAAAAAGUGCUGUGGCACCUUAAGAGGGACAGGUUGAGACAUGAGCUUUCAUGUUUGGCUUAUUCCAGAAGAAAACAGCUGCAGGCCAAUGUAAUAAUCAGGAAGCUGGGUUUCUUACAUUGUAUGGUUUACCAAUGCUAGUCAGUAAUUUGGUUCCAUAAAUAAUAAGGUUCUUGGGUUCUACGAGACCAAGAUCCCAAUCCUUAGCAUUUACAUUGAAAUAUCUGCCUAAAAUACCAAGCAUAACUGCCUAAAAUACCAAGCAUAACAUCCAUUCAGUGCUGCCAUAAUGUACUUUUAUUGUGUUGACAUUAAUGUCAGUGUGUUCCAUCUUCACUUUGUUUGCUGGUACAGCGAGUUUUAGGAAUGGAGUAGCUACUGAAUGUGUAGGGAAUCUCUGAAAGUAAUAUCUAUGGAUAUAUGAACAUAGAUCUUUAAUCAGUGCUUGAUAGCUUAACUACUGCUGAAUAAUCCCAGGACAUCUGGCAUCUGUUGAUCUUACCUGAUAAUCUGUUCAUGAGCCCUUUAGAUUCACAAUAAAGUUCAUAGCAGCACAAAGUAGCUGAGCUGGCAAUUGCAAAGGAAGUAAUAGCUGUUAUAAGCUGGUGUGAUGAAUGUGGAGAUCUAACCAUUUCUAUACAUUUUGAAGACAUGGGUGGGAAAACAGUGUUUCUGGCUUUUUCCGCCCAGGAAAAGGGGAACAAAACAGAAAUAAUGGGGGAAAUUGAAAUAUCUGUUUAGUUUCUUAUCAAACCUAACUACUUUGACUACAUGAAGUGUAUAGAGUAUAACUUAGCCUGAAAUGGUACUGUUUGGAAUAUUUAUGGAAUUUAAAAUUAUAAAUACCUUUAUUUAAACAAUUAUACAUCUGUCCAGUGUUAUGGUGCUGCACCUUGCAGCUCCAUGUGUAAUGCGACUAUCCUAUGACUGCUUACCUGGGAACUCAGUGACACUUCCUUCUGAGUAGGCAUGCCUAGGAUUGUACCAUAAGGUACCUUUUCCCAACUGUGAAAAGAAAAUUGAAACUAUCAAUAUUGGAGUAAACGUUUUUUUUUAAAAAAAAUCUAAGGGCUUAAAAUCGUAUAUAGAUCAAAGCAUUAUCUUGCAGAAAGGUGCUCAUAGCAUGGGUGCACAAACUUUUUGGCUUUGAGGGCUGCAUGUGAUGCUGGUUUGGGGGUCGCAUGUACACACACAUUUACAUACAUGCACACACACACAACAGCAAUCCUGAUGCACACAACUCUUUCCUUGCUGCUAGCAGCAGUGGGGAAAGAUGCUCUGUGUCAGGAUCACUGGAGGAAGGAGUGGGGCGCCUUCUUUCCACCCCCUUCCCCCAGCGAUCUUCAUACUGAUUGUGCUCACCACUGGGGAAGAAUGAUCUUUAUGACGGUCUGUGGGGGAGGGAAUUCAGCAGUGGCAAGCCACAACUUAUGUACCCCUCUUUUAGAGAGAAGCUCUGAAAAUAAACAUUCCUGUAGUAUAAGGAGUUCUGAUAUAUUUGGAUGUUCAGUUAAACUUUGUAAUAAUAUGCUAUGUUUGGUUUACAGGCCUACACACACUUAAUUGGGAAUGAGUACAGUUGACCUCAUUGGGACUUGCUUCUGAGUAAUCAUGAAUAGGAGAAGGCCCAAGUGUUCAUAGUAACUGUUGAGAAAAUUAGUUAUUCCAAAUCCGUAUUUAUUUUAUUUAUAUCCCUCAUGAUCUCAGUAAAUGUAUAAUUGCAAAUACAACCAUAAUGCACAUCUUUCUAUUAUCAGGGUUUAAAGGAUCCGUAACUUCAGAUUCUGAACUUCUGUUUAAUGAACUUUAGAAACGGAUCAAAUUCCUGCGUAUGUUCUGAAUUCUGCUACUUUUGAAAGUACUUUUGCAGCAUCAGAUCUGAGUGUGGCUUAACUAGUAAUCCAAACACAGUAGCAAUGUUAUCAUUAGUAACAGUGUGAGUUCGCUGUGUAGCAAUAUUAUUUUAAAACUCUGCUUUUAAAAGUGUUCCCCCCACUUUCUGAAUGAAAAAAAUGCAUAAGUGUGGUUUGCUUCCCCACUCCCUAAAGAAAUCCCUUCCGUAUUUUCACUAGGGAAAAAAUGUAAAAUGUUUAUUCCUUAGGAGAAAAUGUGUGGUUUUUCUCUGGAAUUUCACAUCUCUACAUACCUGCCCCUCAAUAUUGAACAGAACUAUGCAACAGAUUUGAAAAAAAGCUAUUAAAAAGCUAAGUGUCUUCCAGCAAUUGUUGAGCCCAGUCCCCUGCCCCCAAAUCCAUUAAGCAUAAGUAGACUUACCUAUUCCAGUGUUCUUAAUUCAAAAUGGCAGGACAAGAAACAUAAUAGUAGCCUCUCACUUAUGUUCCCCAACAACUGGUAUUCAGAGGCAUACUAGUUCCGAUACCCAAGGAAAUGUAUAUACUUCUUGUUUUGAGUACUUUUGUGAAGAAUACUCUGACAAAGCUGCUUUUCUAUUCAAUUAUAAUUUUGUCUUGGAAAUUUUAAAGGUACUGAUUUGGGUAUUUUUGAGAAGGUUGGUUAGUUAUUGACACUAAAAAAGCAACUAUAAAAAGAAUAUAUCAGAAUAACAUGGAAGCACUUCCUCCCAUACAAUGUACUGCCGCAAACUGCAUCCUGACUGGCAGUAUUCCAUGCUGGUAAACUCCAGAACCUUGCUUGAGGAAAACAGCUAUUGCAAAGUGUACAGUACAGUGUAAUGACAAAGAGGAUGUGACCAGAACUUCCUUUCUUGACAAAGUCUUGAUUUGAUCAGUUGUCUGGAUUUCCGCCCACCCCCCAGCAACUUUCCUUUGUGUCUUAUGUACCUGAACACCACCUACUUGCAUGUAUAUUGGAAAGUAAUUAGAGUUACCUUUUUGUUUUCUGUCACAAGUAGCUUCUAUGGUUUCGUGUCUGUCUCUUCAGUGGGACAGACAAGUGUGUCUAGCUGCUAUCAAAUGACAAGAUAUGCACUUUAGUGGAGACUCAUCAACAUUGUGAUAAAUUCAUAAUUUGCA